AUGACUAUACAGCGAUUAAAAUUUAAAACUAAACUAAAAACUAAUAUGAAAAAAGGUGACCGGACAGAUCGUCGCGAGACAAAACGUUGCGGACAAUCCGUUGCGGACAAAACGUCGCAUGGACAAAUCGUCGCAGGACAAAUCGUUGCAGGACAAAACGUCGUGGACAAAACGUUGCGGACAAAACGUUGCGGACAAAAUGUCGCGGACAAAUCGUUGCGAAAAAGUUGUCGCGUGGACAAAUCGUUGCAUGGACAAAUCGUCGCAUGGACAAAUUGUUGCAUGGACAAAACGUCGCAUGGACAAAAUGUUGCAAUAUUGCAUAUUGUUACAAAUGUUUAUUCAGAGGAUGAAUUCAAAUUUUGUAAUGCAAAUCAAUCAAAAAUAAUAUAA